AUGCACCCAUCGGGUCCUUUUUUCAAAUUAGAUGAAAAAGAGUACAAGCAAGCAUUAGAAACAUUUCCUGAACUAGCCAAUUAUGACGAUGACGUUAAUUACAUGGAGAAAACUGCUACAGGAUCUAUUGACGUCGGUUACAACUCAUAUUUUGAUAAUUCCACAAUUCUUUCUCAAUUCGAACGUUUGUUCAAACUCUUACGAUUUAAAAAUGAUUUUAAAAAUCAUACUAUCGAAGUUGUAGUGGAUAACGCCACCACCCACACCCUCAAGACUUCUUCUUGUAAAUCAGUUUAUAUUCAGAUCUCAAGAAGCUCAUCUAAUCAUCCAACAACUAUGCUAAUUGUGAAACAGUACAAUCUGAGGACAACUCGAAAUAUUUUCAAUGUGAUCAAUCAUCCACUAUUGAUCGCAACUGCAUCUCAGCGUAUACCUACGCUCUCAAUUAACGAUAAUUUAGAAUCCAAUCCAAUCCAGAAAAAGCCGGAAUGUACCUAUCACAAAUUAAAAUCAUCAACAACCCUACUAAGCUGUAACUGA